CUGUCUCCUUGGCUCCACAGCACUGCAGCACCUCGCCACUCUUUAGUUCGUUUUUUUUUUUUUUUUCUUCCACCAAAAGGGCUGCUCCACACGGCCACUCUCAUCACACAUGCUGCAGGCUGGGGCUGUAGCUAGUUAAUGCACAUUGACAAACGAUGUAAGCAGGCCCCGGUCCACUGUGCUUGGUGAAAGGCAUGUCACAUUUGACCUGCUCGCUGCUAGCCCCCGUUAGCCGCGGCUGCCCGGCGAGCAGAGAGCGGCCCGGCUUCCCCACCAUGACCAAGUUAAGCUAGCAGUGACACAUGAAACCUGACGACAAAAUAACACAACGGUUUUUGACGACUUUUUUGUAGUUUUGUUUUUAUUUUAUUUUAAUCGUGCGGACUCGUCGUGCGUAAAGAGUUAACGUCGCUGCUGCUACGGUGAGCGAGUCAGCCAAGAGUCAGCAUGUCGGUACUACGCCUACUCGGAAGUGGGAAAACCUCGGCGCUCCGUGAUCCGUUUAAGAGGAUUUGCCUAAACAUGUCGUCGUCCUCCUCCUCCUCCGGUAAGAGACUGCGGGUUCUGAUCGACAUGGACGGGGUGCUGGCCGACUUCGAGGGCGGGUUUCUGAAAAAGUACCGCACCCGGUACCCGGAGGAGCCGUACAUCACCCUGGACGAGCGGAGGGGCUUCUGGGUGUCCGCGCAGUACGGCCAGCUGAGGAGCGACCUGUGUGAGAAGGCCAUCAGUAUCUGGGAGUCCAAAGACUUCUUCAUGGAGCUGGAACCUCUGCCAGGAGGAGUGGAGGCGGUCAAGGAGAUGGCCAAGAUGGACAACACAGAUGUCUUUAUUUGCACCAGCCCCAUAAAACAUUACAAACACUGCCCGUACGAGAAGUAUGCCUGGGUCGAGAAGCAUUUGGGUCAUGACUUUCUGGAGCAGGUCAUCCUAACCAGAGACAAGACUGUGGUCACCGGAGACAUCCUCAUAGACGACAAGCCUGACAUCCAUGGCGUGGAGCCCAGGCCGACGUGGGAGCACGUCCUGUUCACCGCCUGCCACAACAAGCACCUUCCCGUCAGCCCCUCCCAGAGACGCCUCCUGUCCUGGGCCGACGACUGGAGGGCCAUCCUCAACAGCAAGAGGCAGUGAGGAGCUCCGCCGCCCACGAGCGAGCAGCCGCACUUCCUGUUUGCCGGACACCCCCUCACUGCACCCGUGGGUGCCAAAGCUCGGAGGGGACGGCGCCUUGUGCAGGCACUGCCAACCAUUACUGACAGAGGAAGGUAAAUAGACGAGAGAGGACAGUCAGCAGCCAAACGAAAAACAGGAAAAUAUCAGGAAAUGUGGAAAGCAAUGCUGGAGAGAACACUUUUCACCUGUUUGACCACCAGGGGUCACUCUAAGACUGAAGCAUGGAUGGAAAACUGCAGUGAAAGAACAGAGGCAGUGUAAUAAUCAGCAUGAAAACAAAAUGAAUUCACGGUCAGGCCACGCGGGUCGGUUCAAAACUGUGAGUCGGUCAUAUGACAUGAUUUUUUUCGGCUGCUCUGUGUUUCCCGCACCUCCGUUGGAGACAUUUUUCCGUGGAGAAAGUUCUCCCCCGUCCAAGGUGUGUGUGUGUGUGUGUGUGUCCUGAGUCUUCACACAGUGUUUACCAAUAGUUCACAGUGCUGUGGUGCGUUCACGGGUCACCAGAGUCACGCACAACGGCAGCGCACUCCACUACACACUUGAGAAAAUAGCAUCCACUGGUUAAUGUGUACAAACAUAAAACCACUUAAAAAACAGGUUCUCAAUGGGUUACAGUACAUAAAUACAACAGGUGGGAAAAUGUAUAAUGCACAAAAAAACGUAACAAGUGCUUAUUUUGUUUUUGUGCAUUGUAAUGUCUCAUCUAUUGUGUUCUAUGUGCAAAACAUAAGUACAGAAAUUCAACCUGAGCUUCUAUACAGUCAUACCGUCAUACUGUUUUGUUGUAUUAUUAUUUUGUGAGUAUACUGUAAUGUGCCAGUGUCUGUCGUGGGUCAGUUGGCCUCGUUAAAGCAAAUACUGAAAAUAGAAAUAUGUAACAGAUAUCUUACGAGGGUGUUGAAGGGUUGAUAUGGUAUUUUUGGUGCUGUUCUUUUUUUGUUUGUUUUUUGUUUUUUCCUGUUUAAUGUGUUGCUAUGAUCUAUGCAUUUUAACUAAGUCACCGAUGAGAACAUCUAUUUAAAACCUUGAGAAUUGCACAGACGCUUAUGCAUGUCCGCACAUUGCCAAAAACACACAUUUUAGACGAGUUUAUUAUCACAGUCAUUUAUGAUGUGUGCUUGAAUAUGUUUGUACGAACAAAGAACAAAGAUACUCUUAUAGUUUAUUUGGAGUCAGGUUUGACCUUUAUCAGAGAAUAAUAUGUUCAGAUGGAUUUAAGAAUGAAGUAAAAGGAAAUUUUAUUUUUUAGCGUAAGUCACAUAAGAAAAAUGACUCUUCUGUUUUAGAUACUACCUCUUUUCCUCUAGUUGAAUUAGUAUUUACCUCUGCAGCACCAACAAAAGUGUAUUCAGUUCAUAAGCAAAAUAAAAGGUUGGCAGAAAAGAACACACAUCCACGUUUUAUGCUGUGAAAAACACCAGCGAGUAUGUCUCAACCACGCACGCCUUGCUUUUAGAAAACAACUUUCUGUUAUCGAUCCACAUUUGUACUGUGCUGCCUAAUCUCAAAUGAAUCCAAAAAAAAAAAAAAAAAAGAUGAGAGACUGCAUUAGAAUCCAUUUUUUGCAUCUUUCUGACAAGGCAAUUAUGAUGCCCUCGCUGCUAAUGUGCUUUCUGGGAAGAAAAUGGCCGAGGCUUAAAAGUUGCCA